GUGAGGGAGGUUGUGGGUUGCCCGUCUAUAGCAACUCCGAAGCUGUGACUGUAACAAGUAAAACUAUUACCGAUAUAUCAUCGUAUAAUAACUCUACAUGUAUGAUAUAAUUGAAUUACUGUGCAAAAAAGUCAGCUGAAUUGUGGAUUGGUAUUUGAAGUUUAUAUUCGCUGUAAGGAACUUUUAGCUCAUCAUUGCGUUGAAAAUUUCUUCAUUUUUCAUAGGGCAGAGUUAUUCCAAUCAAUUGAAGGUUUCACCCUGCCAAGAGCGACUUUAAAAAAAUGCGUAUUAGCGACCAGUCUGCAAUUUUUGCACUGUUGCUGGUGUUGAGUCACACAGACAACAGUGAAUCAUCGCCAGCAGCUGCGAGGUCUUCCGAGGCGUCAGAAGCAGACGCCGCUAUGGGCGUCGUGACGCGCCUGCUGCCUGAGCAAGCCUUCCUCUUCAACCUCACUGUCAACAGAUCCAUGGCAGUCAAUGACAGGGACACGGUGCAGGUGACGGCCGAGGAUGGCAGGGUGGCAGUGAAAGGCAGCAGUGGCGUGGCAGUGAGCUGGGGAGUGCAGCAGUACUUGACGCAGUACUGCAACUGCCACGUCUCUUGGGAUGGCGAUCAACUCGCACUGCCACAGAUUCUACCAAACGCCAACUUCACGAUAACUGCCAAGGAUCGGUACCGAUACUACCAGAACGUGUGUACGGUGUCUUACUCAAGCGUGUGGUGGCAGUGGCAGCGAUGGCAGCGCGAGAUCGACUGGAUGGCACUUAAUGGCAUCAACCUGCCACUGGCAUUUACAGGCCAGGAGGCGGUGUGGCGUAGGGUCUACCUCGCGCUGGGACUCACGGACGAAGACCUCGACGCCUUCUUCGCUGGUCCAGCGUUCCUGGCGUGGAACCGCAUGGGCAACCUUAUGGGCUGGGGUGGACCGCUGCCGCAGACGUGGAUGCUGGCGCAGGAGCUGCUGCAGAAGAACAUCCUGGCCGCCAUGCGGAGCCUGGGCAUGACGCCUGUGCUGCCCUGCUUUGCCGGACACGUGCCCGCCGCCCUGCAGAGGUUGUUCCCAGAAGCGAACAUGACGCGCCAGACGACCUGGGGAAACUUCAAUGACACUUACACGAGGACGUACAUGCUGGAGCCCACGGACCCGCUUUUCCAUCAGAUCGGCAUCAUGUUCAUGCAGGAGAUGAGCGCUGCGUAUAACUUCACGGACGGCGUGUACAACUGCGACCCUUACAACGAGCAGACCCCCAGCAGCGACGACCCCUCCUACAUGGCGGAGGUCGGCCGCUCCAUCUACGGCGCCAUGGAGGCUGUGGACGCUAACGCCACCUGGCUGCUGCAGGGCUGGAUGUUGCUGAACGACUUCUGGACCCAACCACUAGCGGAAGCCCUGCUCACCUCCGUGCCAAUAGGUCGCAUCCUGGUGCUUGAUCUCGCAGCGGAGGUGUCUCCGGUGUACGACAAGUUCGAGGGCUUUUAUGGCCAGCCUUUCAUAUUCUGCAUGCUCAACAACUACGGCGGCACCGACGGACUUUUCGGCAAUGUCGACAUGCUUCUGCAGAAUUUAGCAACGGCCCGGGCGAACAGCAGCAACCUGAUGGGCACCGGCAUCACCAUGGAGGGCAUAGACCAGAACUACGUCAUGUACAACCUCAUGAUGAGCCUCGCCUGGAGUGAUGCUCCUGCUGACCUCCGUGACUGUGCUCUACCAUUGGCACAACACCGAGAAACAUACCCCAAGAAGUCGAAAUCUGCGGGUCUUUCUGCUAUACCGACAUUGGCUCUACCCAAGCACCCCGGGCACAGCCAACGCCCGAAGGCGUCUGCCUGCGCUCUAAGGAGCGUGUACAACGACACAUCGCUCUACCACAACCACGGCCGCCACAUCAUCAUGGUCAGACCGUCUCUUCAUCUUGUGCCCGUGAUCCCGUAUAACGUAAGUGACCUAAUCGCGGCCUGGGACGAGAUGAUCGGUGUGAUCUCCUCUGCUAAAUUGACCCGUGCGCGGGGCGUGUCGCUUCCUGUGGAUCUUGAACAUUCAGUUGACGGAGGGGGAAAACCUGACGUUGUCCGGGGGACCAAAAUGACGUCAGGGACCUUUGAAGAACCAGGCGUCCAACUGACGACGCAAGAGACUUUCCGUCAUGAUCUCGUGGACGUGACGAGAGAAGUGCUGCAGGUGUUCGGCGGCCACGUCGCCCAGGCUUUGGUGGGGGCCUACAACAACGCGUCGUAUUCCAGCGUCAAGAGAGCAGGGGCGGCGCUGGACGAGACUCUGCAGGACCUGGACGACCUGCUGGCGACGUCGUCCAAGUUCCUGCUGGGGCGGUGGACGGCGGCCGCCGCCGCCCUCGCCACCAAUCAACAGGAGGAGAACCUGUACGUGUACAACGCGCUGAACCAAAUCUCUCUGUGGGGUCCGACGGACGAGCAGAUUCUGGACUACGCGGUGAAGCAGUGGUCUGGCGUGAUAAAUAAUUAUAUCAGACCCCGCUGGCAGGUUUUCGUGGGAGGUCUAUUACAGAGUCUUAGGCUCAACUCUACCCUAGACCAGGGCAAGCUCAACAAGAUAAUGUUCGAGCAACAAGUUGAAGAACCUUUCACGCUCAACACCGAUACACCAUACCCUGUUGAACCCGUUGGUGACAGCAUUGACUUGGCGCUGAGCAUUUACAAGAAGUAUCGGCCUGCUUUUGCCAAAACUGGAAUUGCGAUCAGAAAUUUUGAAAUGGUCGAGGCUGGAGGACUCAGAGCCACAAAUGGUGCAUCCUCAGACUGGCCUCAUUAUGACAAAAUGAAUCAUGGAAAUGAACGCCGGAUUCAAACGCCUCACGCUGGCAUUCAAGAAAUCGCAUUCAGGAUUAUGGAAUCAUACAGAAAUAAUGGGAACAACAGGCAUCCUAAUUCAAUAUUCGAGUUCCAAAGUGGCAAUGCAAUUCGUGCUCUGACUCCAGCUGAAAAAACAAAACUCGAGUGGACAGAAACCAAGCCUCGGCAAGCUCCAAAUAAUCGUAAUAACAUUUUAGGCUUUGACUUCUUGGGAGAAGUUGACUUUCCGAGUGCCGCCGUCAACAAGAACAUGAAAUCGGUCCAUGGUUUCAAUGGCUUGAGUUUUAAAAGACACGCUGCCUAGAAGCGGUAAAAUAUUAUUUAGUUUGAUAGAAUUUCUCUGGAGAGGGAUGAACUUAAAUUCACUCAUUGGCUCAUUUGUGCAAGCUUGUUCUCUAUUCUUCAGCGCUCCAAAAAAUAAAUAUUGCAUUCUUUUUUUUUAUAUUUUACAAACACGAAAUGGAAAGGAUUCAUGUGAUGCGUUAUCUCGUUUAAUGCUUCCAAAGUUCUGAGUAAGAAUCAAAUGACAUUAUCUUCCCUGCUCAUAUGAAUUGCGAAAUGCCGGCUGCCGCAAAUCGAGUGACUUCGAUAUAGGACGAGCGACCUAUUAACUGCAGCUUCAGCUAGAUAUAGACUUUCAUCGCUGGAAAUUAUAUGGUAAAAUACGUUGGUGUAAUUUAGCAGGCGUUCUUUUUUAAAGCAGGUUCUUUUGUAGAAUAUGGACAAAUUCUUAUUAACAAUUUUUUCAUUGGUGUUCUUAAUUUGAUGAAUUAUACUUGUAGCAUUUGAGCUACCUACAUUUUUUAAUUUAAAAAUUUCACUUCCUGCAUUGUAAUCACUAACAAUCGAAUUUCUGUAGUAUAUAGCCGUGAUUUUUCCUUGAUGUUGAGGACGGAAACCAACAGACGUCGGAAAAGUGCUAAAUAUGAAGUAUGCUUAUGCCAUAGCGUUGCAAAACAAGCACCAUUAGCGCCUCAUCCAACGAGCAUUCGCGAUUAGCUCAUUAGCUACUGAUUUGAGAACCAAACUACGAACCUACCAAACAAUUUUCGUUAAACAAUAGACAUGCGAACAAAAUAAUUCCAAUAUCUUAAAUUAUCUAUCACUCCAAAAACCGAGCUGACGACGUACCAGCAUCUAACUGUAACACUUACACUUCAACUAUCUACUAAGAAAAUCAUAUUAACAUGGGAACGUUAAAAGACAGAUGAGUAAUUCCUGCAGUCAUUCAACCAAAAUAACAUCAGAAGCAUCAUAAAAAAAUGACAGAAAUAAACUCUUUAGACUCUGAAAUAAAAUAAAAUCGUAAACUUUACAACCAAAUGUAAUCUCUGUAAAAAAUUGGGGCGUCUACAAGAAACCAAUGUCGUUUGAAAAAUUUUCUUGUUAUAACGAAGGUUGUGGGCUUAUCCACGACAUUAACUACAUUGGCUUGACCACGUCUACGUUGAGCUAUCGUCUCAGUUGCCACCUCCAGUCCCCUGGACCAAGUAACCUGAGGGAGGCUCACAACGAGACCAUGGAUCAGCCGCCCGCACCAGCAUCCAGAUGCAUUAUUCAUAGUGAUACCUGAUGCCUUUAUUGUUAAUGUUGAGUCAUUAGUUAUCAAUUUACAAACCACUGGAUUUGUCAGGACAUCUCUAUUAAUUUCAGAGUAAUUUUAGUUUUUAAAUUUACUAGUUAAAUCCGUUAUACCAAAUGUUUGUACAAAUAUCAUUUAUACAUCUCAAUUUUAAGCGUUGCAAAGCCUUAACUGUAAUUAAUAAUGAAUUUUUUUCCAAAAUAUUACAAUAUUAUAAUAGAGAAGUCUUGAAUUCUAAGUUUCAAAUAAUAGUGAAUGUUUUUUUUCCAUACAUUAUGAUUUUCUAAAAUGUGACUUUAAAACUUUCUAUUCGAACUGUCAAAUCCUACCAAAAGUUCUAUUCUCCAAACUGUAAAAAUCAUAAGAGAAUUGUUGAAUAAAAAUUCCUAUUUAGUCUUAAAAAACGGUUAAAUAUAUGGGUACAUUUAUCUAUACUGUCAUGUUCACUAUUUAAAGAACAACUAGUCGAAAAUAUGUCUCUUUCGUAAAGUUUAUUUACCUUUAUUCGUUUGGGUGCGCUUUGCUUGUGAUAUUUUAGUUAUUUAAC